CAGCAACUUACUGCAAGUGCACUGUUUACCGGAAGUGCUCUGCAGAGUAUGGCAAUGGCAAGAAGUCCAAGCCAGCGAAUGGCGGGCGGGUUAUGAGGGGCACCUGUUUAGAUUUUGCUGGUUCUGUUGUCCCUGUCCCCUGCCAACAUGUCUGGCAUAAUGACAAUGUUGCAGCAGUUUGCCAACGGCCUGAGGAGCAAAAGUGAAGAUGUUCGCACCAAGGCAGCCAAAGAUUUGCAGCAUUAUGUCACCACCGAACUACGAGAAGUUAGCCAAGAGGAAGCCACGCAGUUCUACGAUGAACUCAAUCAUUUCAUCUUUGAAUUCGUCUCCAGCUCAGAUGUCAGUGAGCGGAAGGGGGGGAUCCUUGCUAUUGUUAGCCUUAUUGGAGUUGAAGGAGGUAAUGCAACUCGAAUCAGCAGGUUUGCCAACUACUUGCGUAACCUGCUGCCCUCCAGUGACACUGCGGUCAUGGAGAUGGCAUCUAAGGCCAUGGGGCGCCUUGCAAUGGCAGGAGACACCUUCACUGCAGAGUAUGUUGAGUUUGAGGUGAAGCGCGCCCUUGAGUGGCUGGGGGCUGACCGUAACGAAGGGCGGAGACACGCUGCAGUUCUGGUGCUGAGGGAGCUGGCGGUCAGUGCUCCCACAUUCUUCUUUCAGCAGGUUCAGUCCUUUUUCGAUAACAUCUUCUUCGGAGUGUGGGACCCAAAGCAGGCAAUUCGCGAAGGAGCUGUGGCGGCCUUGAGAGCAUGUCUAAUCCUGACCACACAGCGUGAGCCUAAAGAGCUGCAGAAACCUAUGUGGUACAGGCAAACCUUUGAAGAAGCUGAGAGGGGGUUUGAUGAAACGUUGUCUAAAGAGAAAGGCAUGAACCGCGAUGACCGAAUCCACGGGUCUCUUCUGAUCAUUAAUGAGUUAGUGCGAAUCAGCAGCAUGGAAGGGGAGCGGCUAAGAGAGGAGAUGGAAGAGAUCACACAGCAGCAGCUGGUUCAUGACAAGCAUUGCAAAGACCUCAUGACCUUUGGAUUGAAACCGCGUCAUAUUACGCCCUUUGCCACCUUCCAGUCUGUGCAGCCCCAGCCUUCCAAUGCCCUUCUCAGCCUUCUAGGGUAUGCUGGUCAGCAAAGCAUUUUGGGUUAUGCCUCAACUCCAAUGCCGGACAAAUCAAACUUGGUAGAGAGUCGCACCUGCCGUGAGCUUGUAGAAGAGAAGUUUGACCAGAUUUGCCGUUGGGUUCUAAAGUGCAGAAGCAGCAAAAACCCUCUAAUCCAAAUGACAAUAUUGAAUGUUCUCCCACGUCUGGCUGCAUUCAGACCAUCUGCUUUCACAGCGGAUCAGUACCUCCCAGACACUAUGAGUCAUCUGCUGAGCUGUGUGCGCAAAGAGAAAGAACGUACAGUGGCCUUCCAAGCUCUGGGACUCAUCUCAGUAGCUGUGCGGACUGAAAUUCAUAUUUACCUUCCUAAAAUUCUCGAACAUGUAAAAUCUGCGCUGCCUCCCAAAGACUUUGCUCACAAGCGGCAGAAGACCAUGCAAGUGGAUGCAACCGUAUUUACCUGUAUCAGCAUGCUCGCCCGAUCUAUGGGCCCAGCCAUCCAGCAGGACAUUAAAGAGCUGUUGGAGCCAAUGCUGUCCGUAGGUCUGAGCCCAGCACUGACUGCUGUCCUGUAUGACUUAAGCCGCCACAUCCCUCCGCUGAAAAAGGAUAUCCAAGAUGGCCUUCUGAAGAUGCUCUCGCUGGUGCUUAUGCACAAACCUCUACGUCACCCAGGAAUGCCCAAGGGUCUUGCUCAGCAGCUUUCCUCUCCCAGCCUCACAAACAUCCCUGAAGCCAGUGAUGUGGGCAGUAUAACCUUAGCUCUCCGUACACUGGGGACGUUUGAGUUUGAGGGUCACUCGCUCACUCAGUUUGUGCGUCACUGUGCUGAUCAUUUCUUGAAUAGUGAACAUAAGGAAAUUCGCAUGGAAGCUGCUCGUACCUGCUCCCGCCUUCUGACGCCUUCCAUCCAGCUGCUCAGUGGCCACGCACACGUCAGCCAGACAGCUGUGCAGGUGGUGGCUGAUGUUCUGAGCAAACUGCUAGUGGUUGGCAUAACAGACCCAGAUCCCGACAUCCGCUACUGUGUGUUGGCCUCUUUGGAUGAGCGUUUUGAUACUCACCUGGCACAGGCAGAAAACCUUCAAGCUCUGUUUGUGGCCCUGAAUGAUGAAGUGUUUGAGAUCCGCGAGCUUGCGAUCUGCACCAUCGGACGUCUGAGCAGCAUGAACCCUGCUUUUGUCAUGCCGUUUCUGCGCAAGAUGCUUAUCCAGAUUCUUACGGAGCUGGAACACAGUGGAGUCGGCAGGAAUAAAGAACAAAGUGCUCGCAUGUUGGGGCACCUUGUAUCCAAUGCCCCACGUCUUAUCCGUCCUUAUAUGGAGCCCAUCCUGAAGGCAUUGAUCCUCAAACUCCGUGAUCCUGAUCCAAACCCUGGAGUAAUAACCAAUGUCCUGGCAACUAUCGGAGAACUUGCACAAGUGAGUGGGCUGGAGAUGAGGAAGUGGAUGGAUGAGCUGUUCCCUAUUAUCAUGGACAUGCUGCAGGAUUCAUCUUUACUGGCAAAGAGACAGGUUGCUUUGUGGACUCUGGGGCAGCUUGUAGCCAGCACAGGGUACGUGGUGGAGCCGUACAGGAAGUAUCCUUCCCUCCUAGAGGUGCUGCUGAACUUCCUGAAAACUGAACAGAACCAGGGGAUUCGGCGUGAGGCCAUCCGUGUGCUCGGGCUUCUGGGAGCAUUGGAUCCAUAUAAGCACAAAGUGAACAUUGGAAUGAUUGACCAGUCUAGAGAAGCUUCCGCUCUCAGCCUUUCUGAGUCUAAGUCCAACCAGGAUUCCGCUGACUACAGCACCAGUGAAAUGUUGGUAAACAUGGGAAAUCUGCCUCUUGAUGAGUUUUACCCGGCUGUUUCUGUGGUGACAUUAAUGCGAAUUCUGAGAGACCAGUCGCUGUCCAAUCAUCACACUAUGGUGGUCCAGGCAAUAACGUUCAUCUUUAAGUCCCUGGGGCUGAAGUGUGUGCAGUUUUUGCCGCAGGUUAUGCCAACAUUUCUGAGUGUUAUCCGCCUAUGUGACAACAAUGUACGUGAGUCUCACCAGCCGUCACCUCAGAAGAGGACAGGUCUGAUGUCGCCUCAGUUCAUGUUCCAGCAGCUGGGGAUGUUGGUUUCCUUUGUGAGAAGUCACAUCCGGCCGUACAUGGAGGAAAUUUUUGCCUUGAUACGGGAUUACUGGACGAUGAACAACCCGAUUCAGAGCACAAUAAUUCUACUGAUUGAGCAGAUUGUGCUUGCCUUGGGGGGCGAGUUCAAGCUUUAUCUUCCACAGCUCAUCCCUCACAUGUUGCGGGUUUUCAUGCAUGACAGCAGCGCAGGGCGCAAUGUGACUAUUAAGCUGCUGAACGCCAUCCAGAUGUUUGGGGCUAAUUUGGAUGAUUAUCUUCAUCUCUUGCUGCCACCUAUCGUAAAGCUUUUUGAUGCUUCUGAUUCCCCUGUACAAGCCCGAAAAACUGCACUGGAGACUGUCGAUCGACUGACAGAAUCGCUGGACUUCACAGAUUAUGCUUCUCGUAUAAUUCAUCCUAUUGUCCGCACUUUGGAUGUGAGCCCUGAACUGAGACAAACAGCCAUGGACACACUGUCUUCAUUGGUCUUUCAGCUAGGGAAGAAGUACCAGAUAUUUAUACCGAUGGUGAACAAAGUGCUGGUAAAACACAGGAUAUUACACCAGCGAUAUGAGGUUCUGACCUGCAGGAUUCUCAAGGGAUACACUCUUGCUGAUGAGGAGGAGGAUCCGUUGAUUUAUCAGCAUCGGGCACAGAAGGGAAAUUCAGGAGAGGCCUUUUCCAGUGGCCCCUUAGAUAGCGGACCAAUGAAGAAGUUGCACGUUAGCACUACUAAUUUGCAAAAGGCUUGGGGAGCAGCUCGGAGAGUUUCCAAGGACGACUGGUUGGAAUGGCUGAGGCGAUUAAGUGUGGAAUUGCUAAAGGACUCCUCCUCUCCUUCCCUUCGCUCCUGCUGGUCUCUGGCUCAGGCCUAUAAUCCCCUGGCCAGGGAUCUGUUUAAUGCAGCUUUCCUCUCCUGCUGGUCGGAGCUGAAUGAGGAUCAACAGGAUGAACUGAUUCGCAGCAUCGAGCUGGCUCUUACUGCGCAGGACAUUGCCGAAGUUACGCAGACGCUGCUGAACCUGGCAGAGUUUAUGGAGCACAGCGAUAAGGGCCCCUUACCACUGCGUGAUGACAAUGGAGUGGUCCUUCUUGGAGAGCGAGCAUCCAAAUGCCGAGCGUACGCCAAAGCUCUUCAUUAUAAAGAGCUGGAAUUUCAGAAAGGACCGACUCCAGCAAUCCUGGAGUCUCUCAUCAGCAUUAACAACAAGCUCCAGCAACCUGAAGCAGCAUCUGGCGUUCUGGAAUUUGCCAUGAAACAUUAUGGAGAGAUGGAGAUUCAGGCCACAUGGUAUGAGAAGUUACAUGAGUGGGAGGAUGCUCUGGUGGCGUAUGACAAGAAGCUUGAGGUUAACAAGGACGAUUCGGAGCUAAUAUUGGGACGGAUGCGCUGCCUGGAAGCUUUAGGCGAAUGGGGGCAACUUCACCAGCAGUGUUGUGAGAACUGGACCAAUGUUAACGAGGAUGCUCGGGCUAAGAUGGCACGCAUGGCAGCAGCAGCAGCAUGGGGCUUAGAGCAGUGGGACAGCAUGGAAGAAUACACGUGUCUUAUCCCACGGGAUACGCACGAUGGGGCGUUUUACAGGGCUGUGUUAGCUCUGCACCAGGAUCUCUUCUCAUUAGCCCAGCAGUGUAUCGAUAAAGCCCGGGAUAUGCUGGAUGCUGAGCUGACUGCGAUGGCUGGGGAAAGUUAUAGUCGUGCAUAUGGGGCAAUGGUCACCUGCCAGAUGCUGUCUGAACUGGAGGAAGUUAUCCAGUAUAAAUUAGUACCUGAGCGUCGUGAGAUUAUCCGCCAGACCUGGUGGGAUAGGCUGCAGGGUUGUCAACGAAUUGUCGAAGACUGGCAGAAGAUUCUUAUGGUUCAGUCCCUUGUGGUCAGUCCUCACGAAGACAUGAGAACUUGGCUAAAAUAUGGAAGCCUCUGUGGCAAGAGCGGGCGCUUGGCUUUGUCUCACAAGACCCUUGUGAUGUUACUUGGAGUGGACCCAGCACUCGAGAGUGACCAGCCCUUACCCACUGCACACCCGCAGGUCACCUACGCCUACAUGAAGUACAUGUGGAAGAGCACACGAAAGGCCCCUCGUGCGACACAGAUUGAGGCGUUCCAGCAUAUGCAGAAGUUUGUGAACAACGUGCAGCUUCAGGCUCAACAUGUAGCAGACGAUCCGCAGCACAAACAGGAGCUGCAGAAACUCAUGGCCAGAUGUUACCUGAAACUUGGUGAAUGGCAGCUGAGCUUGCAAGGCAUUAAUGAAGUCACCAUUCCGAAUGUUUUGGAUUAUUACAAUGCAGCCACUGAGCACGACGUCACCUGGUACAAGGCCUGGCAUGCUUGGGCAGUCAUGAACUUUGAGGCUGUUCUGCAUUUUAAACACCAGAACCAACCACGAGAUGAGAAGAAGGUUCGUCACCCCAGCACUGCCAGUGCCAACACUGAGGGAAGCGAAAGCGAGAGUGAAGGGGACAGUAAUGAGAACAGCCCAGUACCAUCCCCAGUGCAGAAAAAAGCCCCAGAGGAUAUAUCUCACACACUCCUUAUAUACACGGUGCCAGCAGUGCAAGGAUUUUUCCGCUCCAUCUCUCUGUCCAGAGGAAACAACCUGCAGGACACGCUAAGAGUCCUCACUUUGUGGUUCGAUUACGGUCACUGGCCUGAUGUGAAUGAAGCUCUGGUGGAAGGCAUCAAAACCAUCCAGAUAGACACCUGGCUACAGGUGAUUCCUCAGCUCAUUGCCAGGAUCGACACACCCCGAGCUCUCGUGGGCCGCCUGAUACACCAGCUGCUUACUGACAUUGGCAGAUAUCAUCCCCAGGCCCUGAUUUACCCACUCACUGUGGCCUCUAAGUCUACAACCACGGCACGGCACAAUGCGGCAAACAAGAUCCUGAAGAACAUGUGUGAGCACUGCAAUACGUUGGUGCAGCAAGCCAUGAUGGUAAGUGAAGAGCUGAUCAGAGUUGCCAUCCUGUGGCAUGAAAUGUGGCAUGAGGGGCUGGAAGAGGCAUCACGACUGUAUUUUGGAGAAAGAAAUGUAAAAGGGAUGUUUGCUGUGCUGGAUCCUCUUCAUGCCAUGAUGGAAAGGGGACAUCAGACCCUUAAGGAAACCUCAUUUAACCAGGCGUACGGCAGAGAUUUAUUGGAAGCUCAGGAUUGGUGCAGAAAAUACAUGAAAUCAGGGAACGUAAAAGACCUGACACAGGCCUGGGACCUAUAUUAUCAUGUGUUCAGGCGGAUCUCUAAACAGCUGCCUCAGCUAACUUCCUUGGAGCUUCAGUAUGUGUCUCCUAAGCUGCUGAUGUGCCGAGAUUUGGAGUUGGCAGUGCCAGGAACAUAUGAUCCCAAUCAGCCAAUUAUACGAAUUCAGUCUAUCGCUCCAUCUCUGCAGGUCAUCACCUCCAAGCAGAGGCCUCGAAAGUUAACCCUAAUGGGAAGCAACGGUCAUGAAUUCAUGUUCCUGCUCAAGGGGCAUGAGGACCUUCGCCAGGAUGAGCGUGUGAUGCAGCUUUUUGGACUUGUGAAUACUCUGUUAGCCAACGACCCAGCAUCACUGAGAAAAAACCUGAGCAUCCAGCGCUACGCUGUCAUCCCCCUAUCCACUAACUCAGGUCUAAUUGGUUGGGUCCCUCACUGUGACACACUGCACGCACUGAUCCGUGACUACCGCGAGAAAAAGAAGAUCCUGCUGAAUAUUGAACAUCGUAUCAUGCUGAGAAUGGCACCUGAUUACGACCACCUCACUCUGAUGCAGAAGGUGGAAGUGUUUGAGCAUGCGGUAAAUAACACAGCGGGAGAUGAUUUGGCCAAACUCCUAUGGUUAAAAAGUCCCAGCUCAGAGGUCUGGUUUGACAGAAGAACAAAUUAUACUCGAUCACUGGCUGUGAUGUCCAUGGUUGGGUACAUUCUGGGCCUGGGCGACAGACACCCAUCUAACCUUAUGCUGGACCGACUCAGUGGGAAGAUUCUGCAUAUUGACUUUGGAGACUGUUUUGAAGUUGCCAUGACUAGAGAAAAAUUUCCAGAGAAGAUCCCGUUCCGUCUAACGCGAAUGCUGACUAAUGCUAUGGAGGUGACUGGGUUAGAUGGAAACUACAGGAUCACAUGCCAUACCGUGAUGGAGGUGUUACGGGAGCACAAGGAUAGCGUCAUGGCAGUGCUGGAGGCCUUUGUCUACGACCCUCUGCUGAACUGGAGGUUGAUGGACACCACUAUAAAAGCCAACAAACGCUCUCGUACACGGACAGACUCCUACUCAGCCGGACAGUCUGUGGAAAUGAUGGAGACCGUGGAGCUAGGAGAGACGGCGCAUAAGAAACCAGGCAGCACCGUUCCUGAAUCCAUCCACACCUUUAUUGGUGAUGGGUUGGUACAUCCUGAAGCUCUUAAUAAAAAAGCCAUACAGAUUAUUAAUAGGGUGCGAGAUAAGCUAACAGGUCGAGACUUUUCCCAUGAAGAAACAUUAGAUGUUGCAACACAAGUGGAGCUACUAAUUAAACAAGCCACAUCCCAUGAAAACCUUUGCCAGUGUUACAUUGGAUGGUGUCCAUUCUGGUAAAGACUUUGUGCCCCAAAAAGACUUUCGCUUGUUAUUUGUGAAUUUGGAUUUCUGUAACUUGUACGGAAGCUAAAGAUUUGCUAAAUGAUCUGCUCAUUUUGGGGCGACGAGGCAUUUCAUACAUGCAGAGGUCUACAGCAAGCUGUAUUCACCACACCAGUUUCUGGUGCCGUCUGCGCACCAUUGGGCUGUAUAUAUUGUACUGUGUCCGUUCUGUCAUCAUGCCUACAAACAAAAACUAAACUCCUCCCAUCAGUGUAAUAUGAAAACUUAAGAUUGGUCAGAAGAUGACGAGAGCAUUGAAGAUUUACAGCUUUAUAUUCCAAGAGACAACUUUAAACAGACAAGGAAACCUUAUGUAGCUGUGAAAUAUUCUGAUUGUUAAAUAAAUUGUAUAUGUAAUAUAAA